GCUCUGAUGUGGAAGACGACGGAGAUAUGGACUCAGGGAUCGACACACAAGGCAACAUCUCCGAUAAGGACUUUCCUCUUGAAGGCGACAGCAGUCCUCACGAUACCAAAGAAUCCAUUCUGGGUAUGGCUCACUCCAUCGGAUCCAAUAACAACAACAACUCCAACUUCCUCAAUAUAAACAACUCCAACAACGGGAGCACACUGGGCAGCUUAAACCCACUCAGUUUAAGUAACUCGUUAGGACUCAGUAUAGGUGGUGCGUUGAACUGUAGCACCAUGAACUCUCUCAGUAACCCAAACGGUCUCAGCAAUUCAUCUAGUACCAACGGUAGUAGCAUUAACGGCAAUUCGGGCUUGGGGUCUCUAUCCAACGGCACUGGAAGCCUCAACUCGCUGCUGUCUCCGCGACUGGGUAGCCCCGCGCCGGUUCAGUCCAUCAAGGAAGAGGGAGACUGCCCAAACCUGGACGCCAGUCCGGGCUCUGUGGAUUCCAACUGCUCGAACAUGGCUAGCGACAUUCCACUGGAUCGAGGAGGUCCAGAUGGGAACAGCAACGACAGUUGCCCCAGCCCAGACAACGGGAACCCCGGAUCGGGAGGUAACGGCGGCGGUAGCAACGGCGGGGGGAAUUCCAACAAUUCCAGCACAGUUGGGGCCAAGAGAAGGGGCCCAAGAACCACCAUUAAAGCCAAGCAGCUGGAGACGUUAAAAGCCGCUUUUGCAGCGACGCCAAAGCCUACCAGACAUAUCAGGGAGCAGCUGGCCCAAGAGACGGGUCUCAACAUGCGGGUGAUUCAGGUUUGGUUUCAAAAUCGAAGAUCCAAAGAACGACGAAUGAAACAGUUGAGCGCACUAGGCGCCAGGCGCCACUUCUUCCGCAACCCACGGCGCAUGCGCGCACUUCGGCCAGGGGAGGAUAUGGGAGACAGCCCUGAUAUGAUGGGUCCAGGGUUUGGAUAUUUAGACAACGGUGCCGACUUCUACCCCAGUUACCAAGGCUACGGUGAAUUCUUCAUGGGCCAGCCCCAGGACGGGCCCCCACCAGGCCUGACGUUCCUGCCGCCAUCACAGGGUACCCCGCCACUCAACAUGGACGGGUCGAUGCACCCGGCAGGUCUCGGUCCAGACGGCCAAUUCCUUCCCGGUGAUCUGAUGCCUUCAUCGUCCACACCCGAACCUCUACCUCUGGGUCAGCAUGAGGCUUUCGGCAUUCCCCGAGGCAUGGGCCACCACUUCAACCCAUCACUAUCACCCUCGCUAGCUCACCACCAUCCUCACCAGCAUCAUCACCAUCAACAGCUGGGGGAAAUGACGUCCGAGGUCUGGUGA